UGCAUGAUACACACGUCAUUUACCUGAGGGAGAAAGAAGGGGUCAAGUGAGAGGUUACAUCAUUUUCAACAUUGUCUCUUCUUCCACCAAGAAUGUCUUGGGGCAAGUCGUUGAGAAUGUCAUGAAGGAAGAACCUAGCGACAACAACACGUAAAAGGCCUCCCUCUCGCUCUCCGCCCUCAUGUUCUUUGCAAUGACAACCAUCAUCCCCAAGCUUCAAACACAAUGUUCACCGACAACCAGCCCAACACCCCGGCAGGAUGGCAGGCGUACGCCUCCCUGAAAACACUGACCGAGAUCCCUGCGACUGCACACGAAAGUCGCGAUGGAGAUGGGGAAACAGAGACGUAUCGGAAUAUCUACCUAGACGGCAGGGCGAUCAUCCAGCAGCCGCUGACGGACUGCGAGAUCUACACCGAUGUCAUCGCCUUCGCCGGGACGGACGAGGUGAUCCUCUCAUACGGGGAAGACACGACGGUGGAGAUCAAUGCCCGAGUAGUCACGGCUGACCAGCCGGUGCAUCUGAACAUGACCAAGGCGGGGGCCCGGAGCAGCGCGAUCAUGUUCUACGCGGCGGUGGUCGAUCAGCCCAUCAGCGUCUCGGUCGAGGGAGCGCAGCGCACUACCCUGGCGCUGGGGGCCGACUCGGGCAAUCUCGGGGCCCAGAUCGCUUUCGCCGACGGGCAGCUGUCGGUCUCGUACACCGUCAAGCACGACUACGACGCGACCGCGGUCUACCAGGCCUUCCUCGACACCGAGCUGCGCGUGGCACUCGCCCUCUUCUGGACCCGGCCGGCCAUCGCCAUCUCCAUCUGCGCCUACGUCGCCCGGUCGACCUACGGGACUGGGGCGCACAGUCUGUCCAACGCGCAGGCCGUGGCCCUAGGCCAGCAGCUGGCCGCUCACGCCAUGGCGGGGCCUAACGCCAACUACGCGCCCACCCUCCCCUUCCAGACCUACCAUGAUACCAUGCGGGACCAGCUGGCGGCCGCGCAGACCUUCGAGCAACAAUAUCAGCGGUUCCAGGACCAGGAGAGUGCCGAAGCUGACAAGGUGGAGGCCUGGACCACGAUGCUGCAAAACGCGCAGAAUCAGCGGUCCACGCGGGUAAGCGUACAGGAGCAGACCUUGGCCAAAUACCGGGAUGCCUGCAGGACCGCAGAGGCAUGUAACAAGCAGCUCACGGACGAUAAUGAGGAGCUGCGACACGCGCAGGAUGCCUUCCAGGAUGGCCUCGUGAAAUGGGAGAACGCACUGAUCCUCAAAGCAGUCUUUGGCAUCCUGUCAGCUAUUUUCGAAUUUGCGUUCGGCGUCGCGGAAUUGUGCAUUGGGGAUGAUCCGGCGGGGGCCACCAAGGGGGUCGAAGACGCGAUUGACAGCGUGGAAAAGGCCGAAGAAGGGGCAAAGGAAGUCGGCCAGAUCCUCAGCUCCAGCACUCUGCAGAAGCUAUGGACUUUCACCCAGGCCCUGGGAAAACUGUAUCCCAAGGUCGAUGCGCUGGUCGAGGCGGCGAAGGCGGUGGCCGAUCUCCCGGGUGGGGACGCUGUAAACAUCCCUUCCUUGGAUGAUGUCUCGGGCGCGGUGGGCUUCGACACAGAUGCGAGUCUGAUCAACAGCCUGGAGGCGUGGGAUGACUGGGAACUGGAGUGUGACCAGCAGAUGGAAUGGGCGACUGACGACCAGAAGAUCGACGGCGCCAGUGAGUAUCGACUGGCUUUGCGCAAGCAUGCGGUGCACGGGAGAGCGCUGGCCCAGGCCCAGGCUGAAGCGAUCAAGCAGGGGCAGCAGUAUGUGCAAGCGACCCUGGAAGUGCUGCAGUCGGAUCAGGACAUCCAAAACCUCCAAGAGUUGCUGGAUACCGACAUUGGAGAGGAGGCGAAGUAUGCCGCAGCCCAGGCCAAGUUCUACGAUCGGUUCCUGCAGCUGGGGACUAGCCUAGCGAUCCAGCUCCAGUACAUCAUCGAUGCCUAUCGCUUCUACGCCCUGCAGGACAGCCAGGUGAUGCUGGACUCGCAGAAGUCCGUGGGGGACUUCCAGCAGGACCUCGCCACACUGCACGCCGAGAUGCAGAAUGUGGAUGGCCAGUAUGCCGAGGAUUUCACGCCAUUCGAUUAUUAUGUGUAUUCUGAUGAGCUCGCCUCCAACUAUCCCCAGUUGAUCAUCGAUGGCCUGAAGGACAGCAGUCAGGGUAAUAAGGCCACCUUCACUAUGGUGGCCACACCGCAGGCCAGUUCCACUGCCAGUGAGAACAACUAUGCGUAUCCCUUCGUCGGAGGCUCUCACUACCGACUGGACGGGUUAGAGAUCCUACUGCUGGACGUGAAACCUCGCCCCGAAGCCGUCCAUGAUGGAAGGGCGGUGGUGAGUCUCAAGAUCGAGACGUCCGGUUCGUAUAGCGACAUCCAGCACGAACAGGUCUUCUACUUUGUCGGUACAACGCAGCAAAAACGCUAUUCGUAUGAGAUCGAUGCGGACGGCACCUUCCUUCGCACCCGCGACAGCGCCAUCUUUGAGCCGACCAACCACGCCGAGCCCCCGCCCUUCACCCAAUGGACGAUCACACUGGAGACACCGGAGAACGUGGACCUAAGUACUCUGGACAAGAUCCAGCUCCAUUGGAACGGGAAGUAUCGUCCUUAUUGACGAGAAAAUGUGCAUGAGAUCAUCUCUUCAUAUUUGAAUAGCAUUCUACCAUGCCAAAAAUUUCUGGCCGCUUGAUCAUUUAUCUGUCUACUUUCAAUCUCUGCUCUUGCGUUACCCCCCUUCUCCCUCU